CUGAAAACGUAGUGUUUAAAUUGGUCGCAGUUUGUCUUAACCCGAAACACCAGGAGAUUGGAAACGUUAGCUGCACAUGGUAUUGUUGCUAGCUAGCUAAGUUAACUCUAGCUGGCUUGUUCAUUCAUUAUCAGCGUGGCGUUAAAGAAGGCCCUGCACCAUGGCAGAUCAGCUAAGCCCUGAGGAGAAGUUCCACCUCAUUACUAGGAACCUCCAGGAGGUCCUUGGAGAGGAGAAGCUGAAACAGGUUCUUCAGGAGAGAGAGCUGAAGGUGUACUGGGGCACAGCGACCACUGGCAAACCCCAUGUAGCUUACUUUGUCCCUAUGUCCAAGAUAGCAGACUUCCUCAAGGCUGGAUGUGAGGUCACUAUUCUGUUUGCAGACUUGCAUGCUUACCUAGACAAUAUGAAAGCUCCCUGGGAGCUGCUGGAGCUCAGGGUGAAGUACUAUGAACAGGUCAUCAAGGCCAUGCUGGAGAGCAUUGGUGUGCCUCUGGAUAAACUCAAGUUUAUCAAAGGAACUGACUACCAGCUCAGCAGAGAGUACACUCUGGAUGUGUACCGUCUGUCCUCCAUGGUGACAGAGCAUGAUGCUAAGAAAGCUGGAGCUGAGGUCGUCAAACAGGUGGAGCAUCCCCUGCUGAGUGGCCUGCUCUACCCUGGACUGCAGGCUCUGGAUGAGGAGUACCUCAAGGUGGACGCCCAGUUUGGAGGAGUUGACCAGAGGAAAAUUUUUACUCUAGCAGAGAAGUACUUGCCCUCUCUGGGCUAUGCCAAGCGUGCCCAUCUGAUGAACCCGAUGGUACCAGGCCUGACAGGGACCAAGAUGAGCUCCUCAGAAGAAGAGUCAAAGAUUGAUCUACUGGACUCCAAAGAAGAUGUGAAGAAGAAGCUGAAGAAGGCUUUCUGCGAGCCAGGCAACAUCCAGAACAAUGGAGUCCUCUCCUUUGUCAAAUAUGUCCUCUUCCCGCUACGUGGAGAGUUCUGCAUCAAAAGAGACGCUAAGUGGGGCGGAGACAAAACCUACACUGUGUUUGAAGAGGUGGAGAAGGACUUUGCUGAGGAGAUCGUCCACCCAGGAGACCUGAAGGCCUCAGUGGAAUUGGCACUAAACCAACUGCUGGACCCAAUCAGAAAGAAGUUUGAGUCUCCUGAGCUCCGCAAACUUACCAACUCUGCCUACCCCAACCCAUCAAAGACAAAAGGAGCAGUAAAGGGUGCCAAGGCAGGAGGAGAGGACGAUGAGCUGGCUCCCUCCAGACUGGACAUCAGGGUGGGCAGGGUUACCAGUGUGGAGAAGCACCCAGAUGCUGAUUCGCUGUAUCUGGAGAAGAUUGAUGUGGGAGAGCCGGAGCCAAGGACGGUAGUCAGCGGGCUGGUGGCCUAUAUUUCACAGGAAGACUUACAGGACAGAAUGGUGUUGGUGCUGUGCAAUCUGAAACCCCAGAAGAUGCGAGGGAUUGAGUCUCAAGCCAUGCUGCUAUGUGCCUCUGUUGAAGGGGAGCCCAAGAGGGUGGAGCCUCUGGACCCCCCAGAGGGGUCGUCGCCAGGAGAAGGGGUCUUUGUCGAGGGAUAUGAAACGGGCAAACCAGACGAGAGACUCAACCCAAAGAAGAAGGUGUGGGAGAAACUACAGGUGGACCUGAAGAUAUCAGACGAGUGUGUAGCUCAGUGGAAAGACAAGCAGCUGAUGACCAAACUAGGACAGAUCACAUGUAAGACACUGAAAGGAGGCAACAUCAGUUAGAUACACAGACAUUACACUCGCCACAGAAGCUGCUCCUGCCGGCCACAUUACUACAAGGAUACUCUCAUCAACAAAUCGCACCAACGUCAUCUGGAUGUUUUCUCAGAGAAUGAUUGGACAUUGAUGCCAAAAGUCUCAGAUGCUUUGGUCUUGCUUAGACAAAUUGUAUUACCUUGAAUUUAUUUUAAAAAAAAUGUAAUUCCCAUGUAAAACAGGAAUUAUGUAACUAAUCAACUUUUGAUUCAUUACUGUUUUACCAGGGUUUUUUUGGCAUUUUUAACACACUUAAAUGUACAAAUAAAAUAUGACACGAGUCACAGAGAGACAUACAGCUACUCCGACAAUAGAUUACUUUAUUGUAUGUUGCAGUAGUGGUUGCUCAUUCUUGGUAGUAGCUGACAAGGAAUCUCAGGUGUUUAAAAAGGGAUUUAAUGUUUCACUACAUUCUGGGUUAAAAUUGCUUUGUUUUGCCUUCAUGGUCAUGUCCAGUGUCAGGACAGUGGCCAAUCUGCCAAUUAAUAAGAAUGGGUUUCAGAUGUAUAUAAAAGUCAAUAUGUCAUGUACUAUAAGAAGGUUUCAUUGGGGGUAGUGUUGUACAGAAAUCAAUAUCUGGACAUUAACUGUCAUAUAAUCAACUCAUGCAUCUUCUCGAAUACAAAAUACGAAAUAAAUGCUGGCUGAAUUC